CCACCCCGGCUCGUACGCCUUCCCCCGCACCACCCUUUAUAUAUUCUCUCGCACCGCCAUCGUCCCUUCCGAUCCAACCUCCUCUCCUCUCCUCGCCGCUACGCAUCAACCGCUCGCGCCUCGGCGGGUCCUUCGUCUCGCACCACCCCUCCCUUUCCCCGGCCGUGCAAUGGCGGACCUGGCGCUCGGCGCGGGGCCGGAGGAGAUUUGGCGGCGGCGCGCCAAGACCAAGAUCGUCUGCACCCUCGGCCCCGCCUCGCGGUCCGUGGAGAUGUGCGCGCGCCUCCUGCGCGCCGGCAUGUGCGUCGCCAGGUUCAACUUCUCGCACGGAUCCCACGAGUACCACCAGGAGACCCUCGACAACCUCCACAAGGCCAUGGACAUCACCGGCAUCCUCUGCGCGGUCAUGCUCGACACCAAGGGACCAGAAAUUCGCACAGGCUUUCUGAAAGACGGCAAGCCUGUAAAGCUGAAUCAGGGGCAAGAGAUUACCAUAACCACAGAUUAUACCAUCCAGGGUGAUGAGACCAUGAUUUCCAUGAGCUACAAAAAGUUGGCUGUAGACGUGAAGCCUGGGAGCACUAUACUAUGUGCUGAUGGCACCAUCACGCUCACAGCGCUUUCUUGUGAUCCUGAGAAAGGUCUAGUUCGCUGCCGAUGUGAGAACUCUGCUCUCCUAGGUGAGAGGAAGAAUGUCAAUCUUCCUGGCGUCAUUGUAGAUCUCCCAACACUUACAGAAAAGGACAAGGUGGAUAUCCUACAGUGGGGAGUGCCAAACAAGAUCGACAUGAUAGCACUCUCGUUUGUACGGAAAGGAUCAGACCUUCAGAUGGUCCGAAGUGUGCUCGGUGAGCAUGCCAAGUCAAUCAUACUUAUGUCCAAGGUUGAGAAUCAGGAAGGUGUUGCUAAUUUUGAUGACAUACUUGCAAAUUCAGACGCCUUCAUGGUUGCACGAGGAGAUUUGGGUAUGGAGAUCCCGAUUGAGAAGAUUUUCUUUGCUCAGAAGGUGAUGAUCUUCAAAUGCAAUCAACAAGGAAAGCCUGUUGUCACUGCAACCCAGAUGCUGGAGUCGAUGAUCAAGUCUCCCCGCCCUACACGGGCAGAAGCAACUGAUGUCGCCAAUGCUGUCCUAGACGGAACUGACUGCGUGAUGCUUAGCGGCGAGACUGCAGCAGGGGCAUAUCCAGAGUUAGCAGUGCAGAUAAUGUCCAGCAUCUGCUUAAUGGCAGAGACCUAUGUGGAUCACGGUGCAGUCUUCAAGUUGAUUACCGCAGCAGCACCAGUUCCUAUGAGCCCACUUGAGAGUUUGGCAUCGUCAGCUGUUCGGACGGCUAAUGUCUCCAAGGCAUCGCUUAUCUUGGUCCUCACGAGGGGAGGUACGACUGCAAGGCUCGUCGCGAAGUACAGGCCAGCGAUGCCAGUAUUGAACUGCGUGGUUCCAGAGCUGAAGACCGACAAUGAUUUUGACUGGACUUGCAGCGACGAGGCUCCUGCAAGGCAGAGUCUCAUAGUUAGGGGCCUCAUUCCAAUGUUGAGUGCCGCUACCGCAAAGGCUUCUGAUACUGAGGCCACCGAGGAGGCCGUCAGUUUUGCCCUGGAUUAUGCCAAGAAGCUCGGCCUUUGCAAGUCAGGAGAUUCAGUUGUUGCGGUGCAUCGUCUCAGCGCAUCAUCUCUCGUCAGGAUCUUGACAGUGAAUUAGUGUCAGGUGAGGUUGGCUCAUGGGGACAAAUUUUGUUAGGUUGUUAUCGGAUCCUCGCUAUCAUUUUGUUGGCUCAUCCCACGUCGUGAGUCCUAUAUUACGUCUUGUGUUCAGCUACGCAUAGUAAAGAGUUGGUGUCGCCCAUUCUGAAUAUCCUUUGCUAAAUAAUACAUACUCUCCCUACUCAAUAUAUAUGCCAGUUCGUUCA